AGCUUUUACUUCUCUCUCUGAGUCUCUCUCUCUCUCUCUUCUCAGGCGGUUCAGUCAGUUGCUCGGCCGGCCAGUUCAGGCGGAGCUAUAAAUUUCUCCCAUAGCAGCAACACAAGAUGCCUCUUCCAUGGCUGCUCAUCGUUUUCUCCUCCUUCACAUAUAAACUCGCUUUCUCCGAAGCUGCUCCCACUCGUUCGGUUCUACCCAAUGACGCAUUGUCGCUUCUGAGCUUCAAGAACGCCGUCUCCCUCGACCCCUCCAACCUCCUCUCCAGCUGGACUCCCUCCACCCAUCACUGCCACUGGUACGGCGUCACCUGCAACGACGACGUUUCCUCAAGAGUCAUCUCCUUAUCCCUUCCGAACAACAUGCUCUCCGGCAAGAUCGCGGAGAGCAUCGGAAAGCUCUGGUCUUUGGAGGUUCUUGAGCUUCAAGGUAACAACUUCUCCAGCAACAUUCCCUCCCAGAUAAGCCGUCUUCACUCUCUACGCUUGCUUAACUUGUCUUGCAAUUCGCUUUCUGGUCCCAUACCCAAUACACUGAUUGGUUUAGGAAAACUACAAGUCCUUGAUUUAUCCAACAACCUGCUUUUUGGUCGGCUUAUGAUUACGUUGCGUGGUAAAUGUGACACCUUGAACCAUCUGAGGCUUUCUCAUAACUUUCUGACCGAUAAUAUCCCCCCCCAGAUUGGCAAAUGCUGGAACUUGAGUACCCUUUUGCUUGAUGGGAAUAUAUUACAAGGGGGGAUCCCGCCAGAGAUUGGCCGGAUUUCCGAGCUCCGGGUUCUCGAUGUUUCUAGGAACAGUCUCACGGGGAGGAUCCCACAAGAGCUUGGCAAUUGCAACAAGUUGUCUGUUCUUGUGUUGACUAAUUUGGUUGACGAUUCUUCAAUUACCUUGGUGGAUAGUUCUAGAGAUGAAUUCAAUGCCUUUGUGGGGGGUAUUCCUUCUGGAGUCUUGUUGCUUCCGAGCUUACAGGUUUUGUGGGCUCCCAGAGCCAAUCUUGGUGGACGGUUACCCGGUAAUUGGAACAAUUCGUGCUCGCUCAGAAUACUCAACUUAGGGCAGAAUUAUAUCACUGGUGUGCUACCAGAAAGUUUGGGGUUGUGUAAGAAUCUUGGUUUCUUGGAUUUGAGUUCAAACAAUUUGGUGGGGUACCUCCCUACUCAGCUGUGGGUUCCAUGUAUGGCAUACUUCAACAUCAGUCGGAACAACAUAUCUGGUGUUCUUCCAAGUUUUGAGAAAGGCAGUUGUGAUGCUGCUACUGUGAUGAUGAUCUCUUAUGGACAAUAUCCUGAUUUCCCAGAUAAGGAAGAUAUUCAGAAUGCCUACUUCAACGUAUCUCUUUGGGGCGCUCAGAUUAAUACCCUUUAUGGAGUGAAUUCUGUAAUCAUUCAUGACUUUAGUUGGAAUAGCCUCACCGGUUCACUACCUUUGUUCUCUCUAGGAGAUGAGUUCUUGGCAACCAAUCGUAAGUUCUCGUACAGACUGUUUUUGAAUGAUAACAAGUUCAAUGGGCAACUUCCUGGUCGGAUAGUUUCAAACUGCAAUGGUCUCAAGAGCUUUUCGGUUAACUUGAGUGCAAACCAACUAUCUGCUGGACUUCAUCAAGCACAGCUUCUUGACUGUCUACAGCUAAUAGAGUUUGAAGUAGCGCGUAAUCAGAUUGGUGGAUCAAUUGGUCCUGGUCUUGGUGACUCGAUGAUGCUUCAACGCCUCGACUUGACUGGAAAUAAACUGUCUGGGCCUCUGUCUCAUCAAUUAGGGACGCUGAAAGAUCUAAAAUGGAUGCUUCUAGGAGGAAACAACUUUACAGGAGGAAUCCCUUCUCAAUUUGGUCAACUAACUUCUCUCGUGGGUUUGGAUCUAUCUCACAAUGCUCUCACUGGAACUAUCCCUGAGAGUUUGAGAAACGCCUCAAGUCUUGAAACUGUGUUGCUCGAUCACAACAGACUUUUGGGGGAGAUACCUUCUUCUUUCUCAGCUCUCUCUAGUCUUACUAAACUGGAUGUUUCUUUCAACAACCUUUCUGGUGAUAUUCCACAUCUUCAGCACGUGAGUGAUUGCAAUUCCUUCAUAGGGAACAGAUACCUGCAUUCUUGCCCAGAUCCAUACUUUGCCCCACCAGCUGGGCUUCCUGUCCCACUUGAAGUUCAAAAAUUGCAGAGACACAGAAAAUUGAAGUCUUUCAUAAUUGCUUUGGUAACCUCUGCUUCUGUUGUACUAUGUAUACUCCUACUGAUAUUUUUUGUCAUUAUUUUUGGGAGGAGAAAGCUUGGUAGACUCACAAGCUUGAGAAGGAAGGUACUAGUGACCUUUGCAGAUGCUCCAACAGAACUGAGUUAUGAUAAUGUGGUUAGAGCUACUGGGAAUUUCAGCAUUCAGAAUCUAAUAGGUACAGGUGGCUUUGGGUCAACUUACAAGGCAGAAUUGGUCCCAGGUUUCCUUGUAGCUGUGAAGAGGCUCUCUAUAGGUAGGUUUCAAGGCAUUCAACAAUUUGAUGCAGAGAUAACAACAUUAGGAAGAAUUCGACACAAGCACCUUGUAACUCUUAUUGGAUAUUAUGUGGGAGAGGCUGAAAUGUUCCUGAUUUACAAUUAUCUUUCUGGUGGAAACCUUGAAACCUUCAUACAUAACAGAUCAGGCAAAAAUGUAGAAUGGACGGUUAUCCACAAGAUAGCAAGUCACAUAGCACAGGCUCUUGCUUUCCUUCACUACUCCUGUGUUCCCCGGAUAGUUCAUAGGGACAUAAAGCCCAGCAACAUCCUGCUUGAUGAGGAGCUUAAUGCCUAUCUGUCAGAUUUCGGGUUGGCUAGGCUCCUAGAAGUGUCUGAGACCCAUGCCACAACAGAUGUGGCAGGCACCUUUGGGUAUGUAGCACCAGAAUACGCAACCACAUGCAGGGUUUCUCACAAGGCAGAUGUUUAUAGCUUUGGUGUUGUGCUGUUGGAACUGAUGUCAGGGAAAAAGUCACUCGAUCCUUCAUUUUCGGAGUACGGGAAUGGGUUCAAUAUUGUGACAUGGGCCAAGUUGCUGAUCAAGGAAGGCCGUUUUUCUGAGCUUUUCUCUCCUGAAUUAUGGGAAGCAGGGCCUAAGGAGAAAUUGUUAGGACUCUUAAGGAUCGCGUCAACUUGCACGGUGGAGAUGCUUUCUGUUCGGCCAUCAAUGAAGCAGGUUCUUGAUAAAUUGAAACAGUUGAAAAAUUAAAAACAUCCCACAAUAACUACUACUAGACAGUGGUGGGAAGGUGAAGCUGCUCAUGUCUACAGGAUAUUCCUUUCAUUGAGGGAAACGUGACUUCAUUUUGUAAAUUUCCUGCGGUUGUUUAUAGGUUGAAAUUCCAGUGGAAUUGUUGACUUGUGUUCUCGUGAUCCUUUUCCCCACUAUAAAGUUUGCAGGUUAUUGCGGCAAGUAGAGCCUGUGAAAUCUUCAACUGAAAGUUUAUGGUGUACAUUAUACAAUCAGCUAGUUGGACUUUUUAUCACCAUGGUCCAUGGCUAUGGGGCUUUUUAUCAAUAAUACCCUUGUUAGAAUAUUACAGCAGUUUUACAGGAUCGAACAAUUUUGAGUUGGCAUUGUAUGUAGAAAAUCUAUUUGUAUAUCAUGAAAUUUUAUAAAAAGAGAGCAAAGGAGAAGACGCCUUGAAAAGUUUACAAGAAGUUGUAGAAGCCACAGUAC